UGUGUAGCGAAGGAACCAAACGCACCCAGUCGUUCCUCCUGCUUCCCACUCCCACCAACCUCCUCGCGUGUUCUUCCUUCUCCCAAUUUCCCUAAAUCCCGAUCUCCACUGCUAACAGGCUCCCCCUCCUGCCUCCCGCCUCUCGCCAGUCGCCUCGCGCCGUCGCCUCCGUCCUCCGCGCACCGGCUGGCGACCCUGCGUACGCACCUCCCUCUCCCCUCCCGCCUCUGCUGUACCGUGGGAGCCCGGCCAGCUGCCUAGGGUGGCCAGGCCUUGGCUCCGCCGGUGGCUGUGGCGUUGCUUUGCUCCCUAAUUUGGUUGGAUCAGGCGUGUCCUGGGAGCUAUGGUCAGUGCAUUGUCUGUUGCCAGCUAUGCUGAUUGUGAGGAAUUUGGUAGGACCUCUAUCAGGGUUUUAAAACUAGAGUGGUGCCGCCCCAGCUGGCCAGCUAUAUAAUAUGGACGAAGAAAAUGUUGUUGAGCUGCUGCAACGUUAUCGCCGUGACCGCCAAGUAUUACUCAACUACAUUCUUUCUGGCAACUUGAUCAAGAAAGUUGUAAUGCCACCUGGUGCAAUCUCUUUGGAUGAUGUAGAUAUAGACCAAGUCAGUGUUGAUUAUGUCCUCAACUGUGCUAAGAAAGGUGAACCUCUUGACCUUGGAGAUGCCAUCCGCCUUUUUCAUGAUAGCCUUGACUAUCCGUAUGUGAAUAACACUGGAGCUGUAGAGGAGUUCUAUUUACUUACAAAACCAGAAUAUUCAGGACCAGCUCCAACAAGAGAACCACCCCCUAUCCCAGCCACUGCACCAUCACCAGUUGUGAUACCACCACCGGAUGUGGAACCAGCACCAGUUAUUGUGUCAUCACCAGUUGCAGCUACCAACUUGACAAAAUCACAAUCAUUUGAUUCUCCGACCGAGAAGGAAUUAACUAUUGAUGACAUUGAAGACUUUGAGGAUGAUGAAGAUGAAUUUGAUGGUCGAAGGGCUUCUAGAAGACAUCAAACUGAUGCCAGUGAUCUACUGUUGCGGUUACCACUAUUUGAAACAGGUAUUACAGAUGAUGAUCUUCGUGAGACAGCAUAUGAGAUCCUUGUUGCUGCUGCUGGUGCUUCAGGGGGUCUUAUAGUUCCUCAGAAAGAAAAGAAAAAAGAGAAGAGGCACAGAUUAAUGAGGAAACUCGGUCGUAGUAAGAGUGAAAGUGUGGAUACCAACACUCACCGACAACCUGGUUUAGUUGGUUUGCUUGAAACCAUGCGAGCUCAACUUGAGAUAACAGAGUCCAUGGAUAUUCGAACUAGGCAAGGAUUACUCAAUGCUAUGGUUGGCAAAGUUGGAAAACGGAUGGACAAUCUUUUGAUUCCAUUGGAACUAUUAUGCUGCAUAUCCAGAGCUGAAUUUUCUGAUAUGAAAGCAUACCUUCGUUGGCAGAAGAGACAGUUAAACAUGCUGGAGGAAGGCCUCAUAAACCAUCCAGUUGUUGGAUUUGGGGAGUCAGGUCGAAAAGUCAAUGAGCUAAGGAGCCUUUUUAGAAAGAUUGAAGAAUCCGAGUCCUUGCCACCAUCUGCUGCGGAGGUUCAACGCACAGAAUGCUUAAGAUCACUGAGAGAAGUUGCCACUUCUCUAUCUGAAAGGCCUGCCCGGGGUGAUCUUACUGGUGAGGUUUGUCACUGGGCUGAUGGAUACCAUCUGAAUGUAGCAUUGUAUGAAAAGAUGCUUGGCAGUGUUUUUGACAUCUUGGAUGAGGGAAAAAUUACAGAGGAGGCGGAGGAAAUCCUUGAACUCUUGAAGUCGACUUGGCGGAUACUAGGAAUCACAGAGACUGUUCACGAUACAUGCUAUGCAUGGGUAUUAUUUCGACAGUUUGUUCUUACAGGUGAGCAAGGACUUCUGAAAGUUGUGAUUGGCCAUUUGAGGAAGAUACCUUUGAAAGAACAGCGUGGUCCGCAGGAAAGAUUAUACUUGAAAAGCCUGCGUAGUUCUGUUGAUGCUGAGGGUAGCUAUCAAGACUUCACAUUUUUCCAGUCUUUCCUGUCUCCAAUUCAGAAAUGGGUGGACAAGAAACUAAAUGACUAUCACCUACAUUUCUCCGAGGGCCCCAGCUUGAUGGCUGAUGUUGUGACAGUGGCAAUGCUUACAAGGCGGAUUCUUUGUGAAGAAAAUGACAAGAGUAAAAGAGAGCAGAAGUGUUCAUUGUUUGCACAUUUAGAAAAUUCUGAUUUUGGGCACCCAUUUACUUUUGUGCAUCAGGCACCGGAGUCUCCUGACAGAGAUCAGAUUGACCGUUACAUCACUUCUUCAGUCAAAAAUGCUUUCUUGAAGAUGGCACAUUCUGUAGAGUUCAAAGCGGAUGCUACACAUGAACAUGUUUUAGCGUCUCUAGCUGAGGAGACAAAGAAACUUCUGAAGAAAGAUACAACCAUUUUUACACCUGUUUUGACAAAAUGGCAUCCACAGGCAGCAGUUGUUUCUGCUUCUCUCAUCCAUAAACUUUAUGGAAAUAAAUUGAGACCAUUCCUUGAGCAUGCUGAGCAUCUUACGGAGGACGUGGUUUCUGUAUUUCCGGCAGCUGAUGCUUUGGAGCAAUACACAAUGUCUGUGAUGGCUUCUGUUACUGGAGAUGAUGGUUUGGAUAGCAUAUGCAGAAAUAAGCUAGCUCCAUAUCAGAUUGAAAGUAAAUCUGGUACAUUAGUUUUACGCUGGGUGAAUGGCCAACUUGAGAGAAUUGAAACUUGGGUUAAAAGGGCUGCUGACCAAGAGGAUUGGGACCCUAUAUCCGCUCAACAACGCCAUGGGAAUUCUAUUGUAGAAGUCUAUAGAAUCAUAGAAGAGACUGCAGAUCAAUUUUUUGCAUUUAAGGUUCCUAUGCGAGAUGGAGAAUUAAAUAGUCUAUGCCGUGGUCUUGACAAGGCAUUCCAAGUUUAUACACAGCUUGUUACUGCACCCCUAGUUGAUAAAGAAGAUUUAGCUCCGCCUGUUCCUGUUCUUACUCGAUAUAAAAAGGAGCUUGGAAUCAAGGCUUUUGUAAAAAAGGAGGUCCAAGAAGUUAGAACAGUUGAUGAGAGGAAAGCUAGUGAAAUUACUCAGCUUACAAUGCCAAAGCUGUGUGUACGGCUCAACAGUCUAUAUUAUGGUAUCAGCCAGUUGAGUAAGUUGGAGGACAGCAUUAAUGAGAGGUGGGCUUGGAAGAAAAGUGAAAAAACUAACAUCAGACGUACAAGUGAAAAGUCAAAGAGUGCCAUCCCUCAGAAAAAUCAAUUUGAUGGCAGUAGAAAAGAAAUCAAUACUGCUAUUGAUCGUCUGUGUGAAUUUACUGGGACAAAGGUUAUAUUCUGGGACCUGCAGCAGCCAUUUAUUGAGAAUUUAUACAGAAACGGUGUUGCUCAAGCUCGAUUGGACACCAUAACUGAAGUGCUUGAUUUGGUCCUUAAUCAACUUUGUGAUGUCAUUGUGGAACAACUGAGGGAUCGUGUGGUUACAGGGCUACUGCAAGCAUCCCUGGAUGGCUUACUUCGUGUGAUACUGGAUGGAGGUUCUACACGUGUCUUCUCUCCAAACGAUGCACCUUUUUUGGAGGAAGAUCUUGAAACCCUGAAGGAAUUUUUUAUUUCUGGUGGAGAUGGACUGCCUCGGGGAACUGUUGAAAACUUGGUCUCGCGUGUACGUCCUGUAAUAAAUCUGAUCAAGCAAGAGACCCGUGUGCUUAUUGAUGACCUACGAGAAGUUACUCAAGGGGGCAAAAGCAAAUUUGGAGUGGACUCCAAAACUCUCCUUAGGGUCCUGUGUCACAGAAAUGAUUCAGAGGCAUCACAUUAUGUAAAGAAGCAAUUCAAGAUACCCAGUUCAGCUCCGAGCGCCUGAUUGAUUGCAAACCAAAACAAAUAUGGAACAGGACAGUGCAGCCUUGCUCGUAAACCAGGAAACAGUGUUCCACCGCCCACUUGCAAGUUUGUGUAACAGUUGUGCAGUAGUAACACUAGGAUUUAGGGUGGACGCUGUAGUAAACAUGUGCACUAAUUCAAAUACAUUGGUCUUGUAUUGAUGGUAGUUUUGGUUCAUUGGAGCUUCCCCAUUUAGAUUCUUUUUGUGGACUGAAGGCAUUCCUGAUCACAAUGUCAAGAUUGAAAUUCAUGUUUCACUAUUAUUUCUAGCAUGUUUUCUUGUAGAACACUAUAAUAUGAUGAAUUGUUUGCAUUGCAUCAUUUGAUGCAAAAUUGAUGCUGCUGAAUUGCUUAAUAUAGUACUGUGUACUAUAUUAGGCGUCACAGCUAUGAUAUGAAUUCCCAAUCCAAGGUACAAGUUCUA